AUGUUUUCGCGCAAGGAAAAAAAAAAGGAUCUCUGCCAGAUCGUUCAAUUUUGGGCUAAGUCACUUAUUUCCUUUGCCCAUUCACUUACUCUCCAUUGGGAGAGAAGAAAGAAGAUGGACAUAAUUUCCCAGCUACAAGAACAUUUGAAUACAAUAGCAUCACUUGCAUUCAAUACUCUUGGGACACUUCAAAGGGAUGCCCCUCCUGUUCGUCUGUCACCUAAUUAUCCAGAGCCUCCUAUUACAAAGGCCGUAGAAGAUGAUGCUACUGAUCUUGCAGAGCAACCCAAGCUCAUGAGUGCCGAAUUAGUGAAAGCUGCCAAGCAGUUUGAUGCAUUGGUUGCUGCACUUCCAUUAUCUGAGGGAGGGGAAGAAGCUCAAUUGAAAAGAAUUGCAGAACUCCAGGCUGAAAAUGAUGCAAUAGGCCAAGAACUUCAAAAGCAAUUAGAAGCUGCAGAAAAAGAACUGAAGCAGGUCCAGGAGUUAUUCAGCCAAGCAACGGAUAACUGCUUGAACUUGAAGAAACCAGACUGA